GUAGUAACCAUUCAGGAGGUCAGCCACAGAGAAAGCAAUAAGACCCCUCCAGGCAUCAGCGAGCGCCAGUUUGGCUUGAUUCAAAGUGUUCUUUUUGUAGGUGGGAUGGGGGCUCCAGAGGGUUUGCAAUCAGGAUAGAAGUAACUACGUUCACCUAAGAAACGCCAGACUUGGUCCCUGGACAAGGGAGGGAGGUUUGGCCCCCAACGAGGCCAUCGAAGGUUUAGAGGGAAGGCUCAAAGAGAAGGCUUAGAGGGAAGGCUCCAGCAUGAAGAGAUGUUGAAAGUAGCAUACAGGGAGGUUCUUCCCGUUCAGAUGAUGAGAGGUUCACAGGAGAUCAAGGUUAGAGUUUGAGGUUUGUGAUCAAGAUGACAUCCUGAGAUGUCCAGACUUGAAAACAUGUUCCUCCCAAUUAUUGAUUUAUUUCUAGCAGUUUUGCGGUCUAGAGAGGCAAAUAAGCAAUGGUUGGGCCAAAGGGUAACUUCACACAGCACUUUUAACGGACAAACACAUUGGACACAUUACCGGACCGUGGGCCAGCCCAAUAACGUACAUGGACAUCAGCCUCAUCUCUGGCUGUGGGAAGAAGGUAAGGAAUAAGGAUAAGCCCUUGGCCCUUGGCCCUUGGGGAGCUGCAGAUAAUAGAUACAAGAUAAAAAGAAGAGUUCGGGAUCUCAUAUUGAGAAAAGAGAAUGACAGUUUCCAUGCCGUUGAUGAUGCGGGGGGCGGUAGGCUUUGGCUGCUGCCCCAUGCCCGUGCGUCCACCUCAAAACAGCCUUCCAAAUUGCUUCCUCGGCCGCCGCCUUAAUGAUCAUGCCUCCUCUCGAGUCAUUGUUCGCAGAAAUAGAAGAGGAAUUGUGGCGAUGAGCAUGGAGGCGGGUGUUGGCGUCAUGGGGACAAAGCUCGGAAUGAUGAGCGUCUUUGAACCUGAGGGCACUGUUGUCCCUGUCACCGUCAUCGGCUUCCGCGAGGGCAACAUCGUCACUCAGGUUAAGACCCCCGCCACCGAUGGUUACCACGCCGUCCAGGUCGGAUACCGCCGCGUCCGCGAUCGCAAGCUGACCAAGCCCGAGCUUGGGCAUCUGGAAAAAGCCGGUGCCAUUCCAAUGCGCCACCUCCAGGAAUUCCGCCUACAGUCCGUUGAUGGUUUCGAGCCCGGGGAGCGGCUUGUCAUCGAGGACAUACUCAAAGAGGGUGAUCUCGUUGACGUCUCUGGCAACUCUAUCGGCAAGGGUUUUCAAGGUGGAAUAAAAAGACACAAUUUCCGGAGAGGGCCAAUGACUCACGGUUCAAAGAGUCAUCGAGCCCUGGGAUCCAUUGGUGCUGGAACAACUCCAGGGCGUGUAUACAAGGGCAAAAAGAUGCCUGGAAGGAUGGGAGGAACCAAAACUAAAGUUCGGAAGCUGAAGAUUAUCAAGAUAGACACUGAGCUUCGAGUUGUCAUGAUAAAAGGUGCAGUACCUGGAAAGCCUGGCAAUCUCCUUCGCAUUACUCCUGCCAAGAUUGUUGGCAAGAAUAUACCUAAGAAUUAGAACUGAGUUACCUCUUUGGCAUUUUUCACUUGGUGUAAGCUUAAGUUUCCAGUUCCCGGUCUUUGUAUUAACUUCCAGCUUCUUUUCCUCCUUCGCUUUUGUUUGUCAAGAUUAAUGAUGUGUUGCGAUAAUUA